AUGGUUCGCAAGGCUGGUCAAGCGCGCGGGCAGCUGCCCACCGUGCAGAGCACGCCCCCUAUCCGUUUUGCUCCCGAGGACAAGCAGGUUCCUGUGACCAAGGCUCAGGUCGCGAGGUCUCGCUCCAUCUUUAGCUUCCUCUCGGGUCUCGUGGCCCGCCUGGGUAUUGUCUAUGUGCUUGUGGCCGUCUUUUGGCGCUGCCCGUCGCAGCCCUUCUCGUUUGACUACUCGCAGGACCACUCGCUGCUGGUCUGCCGCGAGCUGGCGAGUGCGCAGGAGCACAUCGCCCCGGCUUUCGACGAGUUUGCGACUUGCACGCGCAAGCACCUCGACCCGUACGUCGGCACCUACCUCGACAAGGCCGAGGAUGCGUGGAAGAACAUGAAGCCCAUGAUCUCCCAGUCUGCGACGCACGCCCACACCAUCUUCACGACGCACGUCGAGCCGGGCGCGCGUGAGCUGGCCAAGCAAGCGCACACAUGGUCGCUGCCGCACCAGAAGACGGCGCACCGCCACUACAAAAAGCACCUGCACCCGCAUGUGGAUGCUUUCCAUAAGGCGGCCAAGCCCUACGUGGACAUCUACAAGCGCGACGUUGCCCCGCACGUCGACCGCGCUGUGCAGCAGGCGAAGGAUGCGCACGCCUUCUCGUCGGAGUACUACGAGAAGGAGGUGCACCCGCGCCUGAAGGAGCACCUCUACAACGGCUACGUGUUCACCCGUCACACGGCGUACCCCGUUGCGCACAAGCACUACUUCACGCACGCCCACCCCCACCUGUCGAAGCUCUACCAGACGCUGAGCAAGUGGGUGGACGACCUGCUGGUGAAGUAUGGCCUGCGUAACCGCUCGGUGCUUGACUCGGUGCUGAACAACGUGAAGGAGACGUACAGACAAACUGUUGUGAAUGAGCGUCUUUCGGAACGUACGAGUGCGCCGGUCGCCGAGGCAAAGCGCAGUGUGCCGGAGGAGAGCACGUCGGCGAGCUCCGUCGAGGCGUCUACUGUGACACCCGCCACGACAGAGACCGCGACGGGCUCCGUGGACAAGAGCGCUGCGUCGGAAACUGCAGCGACCGAGGCGGCCGCGCCAGAGAUCGACGAAGAGACCGGCGAGAACGUCAAAGUGCUCCAGGCCCAGCUGGACGCGGAGCUGGCCGCGGUCGACAAGGCUCUCAAUGCCGAGCAGGCGUCGAUCUCUCGUGUGAUUGAGUCGGAGCGCAAGAACCUCACCGAGGCGCUUGUGCGUGCGCGCCGCGAAAUGUUUAUCGAGUACCCCGAGCUGAUCGAAGCUGCGGCUGAUGCCAUGAAAUUCAAUGGUCUUCUUGAGCUUUUCUCGUCGAUGAUGACCAACUUUACUACGCAUGCGGCCAAGCUGGACAAUGCGGCGCAGCCGAGCGAGACGUGGCACACCGAGCUGGACGUGAUCGCCAAUGCUCUGAUUGACAAGCUGCUUGUCACUUACGACAUCGCCGACGCGUCCUUGAGCAUUAAUACGGGUCUCAUCACAGACCGUGGGGAAGGGGACCGAAUUUUGAUCCAAGACAGUAUCGUACGCAUUCGUACGCAGAUCCGCAAGAGUCUGCACGUCUUUUACGAGCUGAUGGACAAGGCACAGUUCCAGGUGACCUACUACGAAAACGAGGGCUGGGAUCUCGGUAUGAAGCGCCGUGCACGCCACUUCCGCGAAGAGAUGGAAGAGUUCCUUACCACCCUCACGCCCACCGGUGAGCCCAUCGUGCCGGGUAAGCUCGUCCUGCCCAACUUUGAGGAGGAGAAGCAGCAGAUGUCGACGCAGAUCAACGCGGUCCUGUGGGAGACAGAGAAGGCAGUCGCCAACCUGACGGCCCGCUUCAAGGAGCAGCCUACGCUCUUCCUCGAGCGUGCCGGCUUUGGCGACUUUUUGGUGGACGUGUACGAGUACAGCACCAAGAUCUCGAAGAUGUACACGAAAGCCGCCGAGCACGCCGCUCUGCGCCUGCGCAAGUACAUCGGCGACACUCGUGAGAAGCUCGGCCUGCCGCGCAAGCCCGAGGAGGGUAUCCUGCUGAAUGUCUGGGACCUCCCCGCGAUCGAGGGCACCGAGAUUGAUGCAAUCCCGACUGCGGCCGCGACGGAAGGCGAGUGGUCCUCGGCAGAAGCGACGUACGACCCCGACUCGACCGGCGACCUCGAGGAGGCGAUGGCCUACCUCGCCUCGCAGACGGCGCCUCCGGCGCCUGACGCGGCCGCCGCGACGCCCGAGCCGACGCCCAAAGCGCCCGAGUCCGUCGCUGCGGACCCCGAGGCCGUGACGCCUCCGGCGGAAGUGGUGGCUACGCCCGAGGCGACGGCCGCGGUGCCCGUCACCGAGGCGGCCGAGUCUGUCACCGAGACGACUGAGCGCGAGGCUGCGACGCCGACCGAGCCCGCUGCGGCUGCGACGCCCGACUCGGUGGUCGACUCGGUGACCGAUGCGGUGGCCGACGCCGCGGCGGACGCUGCGGCGCUUGUCGCCGAGAUCAUGCAAGGCACUACGGCGACGCCCGAGGCGCCUGCGCCCGAAGCUGCUGCCACGACCGAGCCCGUGCAUGCUACGCCGAGCACCUCGGCGGAGCACGCGGCGGUGUCUGCCGACGUGACCGACGCGACGCCGUCGACGGCCGCCCCCCACUCGUCGACGGCGGAAAGCGAGCUGCCGACGGCGACGGCUUCGACGCCUGCUAACGAACCCUCUGCCACGAUCCUUCCCAUCACUGAAUCCACUGCCGCUCACGACGAGCUGUAA